GACUCUGCAGAUUGGUGUGUGUUUGUGUGUGUGUGUGUGUGUGUGUGUAUGUGUGGCUGGAAGCCAUUUGCUGAGUGUUGAGCUGUAGCUUUCUCUGCCUCUCUGCACAGCUCCUCUGGGUACUUUCCCUGCAGCCAGUCUCUGGGGACAACGGAGGAGUGAAUUUUCUUUACCCUGCCCUCUCCCCCGUUGCAGGGGGCAGUGUGAGAGAGAGAGAGGGAGCGAGAGAGAGAGAGAGAGAGAGGAGGAGGAGGAGGGAGAGAAGUGCAGAGAGGGAGAGAGAACGAGCUUGGAUAGAGGCAGCAGACGGAUAGAGAGAGAGAGAGAGAGAGUGGGAGAGAGGGAGGGAGCUGCUGCACUGAAGAGGCCUGAAGCUAACAAAGGGCACAGGGAGCCUGCACACUGCUGGUAGGUGUCUUGCUUUGGACUCCUGACCUCGAGCCCCUGCCUGGGUCCUGCUGUGGUCAAUUGCCGAGGGAGAGGGGACGUGAGUGUGGACAACCCGUAAACCGCAGAUCACGUUUGGGGUUGGGAGUUCAUUCGGGAAGGCACCAGGCUUCAGAAGUCCCGCCCUCCAGGCGGAAGGAGAGAGUCGACCCUGGGAGGUGUCGCGCGGCCCUCGAGGAUGGAGCCAGAGCGGGAGCGGGCGAAGGAGGAGGAGGAGGACGAGGAUGAGGAGGAGGAGGGGGUGCCGGAGCUGGGGACCGGCGGGGACGACGGCGAAGCUGGGGUGGGGGUGCCCUUCGGCUUGGCGGCGCCACCCUGUCAUUGUGCCGUGUGCGAGAAGGGCUUCAGCUGCCGCUCCCACCUGGAGCGCCACCUGAGGGUGCACACCGGCGAGCGGCCCUUCGAGUGCGGCAUCUGCGGCAAUCGCUUCAACCGGGCCAGCAACCUGCGGCGGCACCAGCAGCACCGGGCGGCCGCCGGCGGCCAGGGUCCCCUGGAGUGCCCCGUGUGCCACCGCCUCUUCUGCGUGACGGGCGACCUGGUGAGGCACCGGCGGGCGCACGCGGGCGAGCGGCCGUUCGAGUGCGGGGUCUGCGGCAAGCGCUUCUGCCGGCUCGCGGUGCUGGAGAUCCACCAGCGCUACCACACGGGCGAGCGGCCCUACCAGUGCCCGCUCUGCGCCAAGUGCUUCUACACGUCCAGCGAGCUGAACCGCCACUCGCGCACCCACACUGGCGAGCGGCCCUACCAGUGCCCGCUCUGCCCCAAGCGCUUCUACACCGCCAGCAAGCUGGCCGUCCACCGGCAGAUCCAUACCGGCGAGCGCCCCUUCCCCUGCCCGGACUGCCCCAAGCGCUUCUACACGGCCGGCAAGCUGCGGCGGCACCAGCGCACCCACGGCUCGGUCAGCCAGUUCAUCUGCGGGGUCUGCGGCAAGACGUUCGCCCGCACCAGUCACCUCACCAACCACCAGCGCACCCAUCGCUGAGCGGGGUGGUGGUGGGGG